GUGCAGGAGAUGAGCGCCGGGUUUGGGUGCUUAGCGACUAGGGGAACCGAGGGCUAAAGAGGAGGGGCGGGAGCACUCCCUGCCCCCGCGACGACCGCCGCCGGCCCCGCCCCGCGCAGCCCUAACGCGCGCACCCAAGGUGUCUGGGCGCAUCCCGGCAGCUGAGGCCGCAGCGGUGGGAACUGGUAGAGGGGCUUCGAGAAGGAGACGGCGGCAGUGCCCCCACUCGGUUGUCCAAGCCAGGAGCGCGGGUACUUAAGAAGCCCCGAGUUAAGAACCUGCUAGGAGGAGGCCGACCAUCCUACCUCUUGUGGCCACGAUGCUGACCGCCCGCCUCUCCAGACCCCUGUCACAGCUCCCCGGGAGAACCCUGAAUUUCUAUGAAAGAGAGAAUGGAACGAGACGCCCCCUGCUGUGUUCCCCUACCUCCUUUGACUCUGCGGGCCAGCGCACGUAUGCCGAUGUGGUGAACCCGGCUGGCAGCAAAGCUGUCCUGGUCACAGGCUGUGACUCUGGAUUUGGGUUCUCCUUGGCCAAACAUCUGCAUUCAAAAGGCUUCCUUGUGUUUGCUGGCUGCUUGAUGAAGGACAAAGGGGAUGUUGGGGUCAAGGAACUGGACAGCCUGAAGAGUGAUCGACUGAGAACCAUCCAACUCAAUGUCUGCAAGAGCCAGGAGGUGGAGGCAGCAGUGGAGACCGUCCGCUCCAGCCUGGGGGACCCUGAGAAAGGCAUGUGGGGCCUGGUUAACAACGCGGGCAUCUCAACGUUCGGGGAGGUGGAGUUCACCAGCAUGGAGACCUACAAGGAGGUGGCGGAGGUGAACCUCUGGGGCACGGUGCGGAUGACGAAGUCCUUCCUCCCCCUCAUCCGAAGGGCCAAAGGCCGCGUCAUCAACAUCAGCAGCAUGCUGGGCCGCAUGGCCAACCCGGCCCGCUCCCCAUACUGCAUCAGCAAGUUCGGGGUGGAGGCCUUCUCCGACUGCCUGCGCUAUGAGAUGCACUCACUGGGCGUGAAGGUCAGUGUGGUGGAACCUGGCAACUUCAUCGUUGCCACCAGCCUCUACAGUCCUGAGCGCAUCCAGGCCAUCGCCAAUAAGAUGUGGGACGACCUGCCUGAGGUGGUGCGCAAGGACUACGGCAGGAAGUACUUUGAUGAGAAGAUCGCCAAGAUGGAGACUUACUGCAGCAGCGGCUCCACAGACACAUCCCCAGUCAUCAACGCUGUCACCCAUGCCCUGACCGCCGCCACCCCCUACACCCGCUACCACCCCAUGGACUACUACUGGUGGCUGCGGAUGCAGAUCAUGACCCACUUUCCCGGAGCAAUCUCUGACAAGAUCUACAUACACUGAAGAGUUCUGCAGUGGCCUGUGGCUGUUGGGGAGCCUGGUGAGACAAGAGGAAGGGAGGGAGGAGCUUGUGUGGUCACCUCUUGAUUACUCACUUGUGGAUUAUCCACAGCCCCAGGAGGACCCACUACCAGUUUUAGCGUUAACCAGAGGGGGUAGCCCAGACCAACUUGUGUGCACAGCGAGUAGCUGGGCCUUCUCAAUCAGGGUGCGGAGGGGCGGGCAGGCCCCCUAAAGCUCAGGGCAAACCUGGUGCCUCCGUCUUUCUGGAGUUGAUUUCACAUGAAGAUUUUGGGCAAACAUCCUUAUAUUAAAAACAGAUUUAUUAUAAAAUAGAA